CAAACCAAACCAUACUCUCACCUUCCGUGUCCACUAUUUAUUUUCGCAUAUGUGCCAAGCCCUUUCUCUGUGGAUUUUACUUCAACUCUCUCUCCCCAUUGCCAAUUUGCCAUUCUUUUCUGCAAUGGAGUUGGGUAGUGUCAUUCAGUUUCUUGAAAACAAGAGCAUUUUAGUCACUGGUGGCACUGGCUUUCUAGCAAAGAUAUUUGUGGAGAAGAUACUUAGAGUUCAACCAAAUUUAAAGAAGCUAUAUCUUCUUGUAAGAGCAACAGAUGCCAAGGCAGCUUUGCAGCGCUUGCAUGAUGAGGUCAUUGCAAAGGACUUGUUUAGGGUUCUAAAAGAGAAGUGGGGAGCAAACCUAAAUUCUUUUAUUUCCAAAAAAGUUGUUCCGGUCGCUGGCGAUAUUACCUGCAGUGAGAACUUAGGAGUGGAGGACACUAAUUUGGUGGAAGAGAUGUGGAGAGAAGUAGAUGUUAUUGUUAAUUUAGCUGCGACAACCAACUUUGAUGAAAGAUAUGAUGUAUCUCUGGGUAUUAAUACAAUAGGAGCUAAGCAUGUUAUGAACUUUGCAAAGAAAUGUGUCAAAAUAAAGUUGCUUCUACAAGUAUCGACUGCUUAUGUUUCUGGCGAAAGGGAGGGUCUGAUAUUAGAGAACUCAUACUGCUUGGGCGAGACACUAAACGGCGUGUCUGGAUUAGACAUUGAUGCAGAAAAACAAGUGGUGGAGGAGAGAUUGAAUGAGCUCCGAGCAGAGAAAGCUCCAGAAAAAGCCAUUACAAGAGCAAUGAAAGAUUUAGGCUUUCAAAGGGCAAAUUUGUAUGGAUGGCCUAAUACCUACGUAUUUACAAAAGCAAUGGCAGAGAUGUUCCUAGGGCACUGGAAAGAAAAUUUACCACUAGUUGUCGUUCGCCCUACCAUCGUGACCAGUACUUACAAAGAGCCCUUCCCUGGUUGGGUUGAAGGUGUCAGAACGAUUGAUAGCUUAGUGCUUGGUUACGGUAAAGGAAGAAUCACAUGCUUUCUUGGGGAUCCUGAAUCAGUAGUAGAUGUGAUUCCCGCUGACAUGGUGGUUAAUUCUAUGAUCGUUGCCAUGGUGGGUUAUGCAAAUCAACCAUAUGAGAUCAUACACCAAGUGGGCUCAUCAGUAGCAAAUCCUAUGAAAUUAACAGGCCUUCAAGAUUACGCCUUCCGUUACUUCACCAAGAAUCCAUGGAUUGGUAAGGAUGGAAAGCCUGUCAUUGUAGGCAAGGUUACAGUGUUGAGCACCAUGGCUAGCUUCCACCGAUACGUGGCAAUUCAUUACUUGCUCCCAUUAAAGGGAUUAGAAUUAGUGAAUGCAGCAUUCUGCCAAUAUUUUCAGGGCAUAUACCUUGACCUUAAUCGAAAGAUCAACUUUGUCAUGCGGCUGAUAGAAAUUUAUAGACCCUACUUGUUCUUUAAGGGCGUCUUCGAUGACAUGAACACAGAAAAGUUGCGAAUGGCAGCAAGAGAGAGCUGCAUUGAGACAGAUUUGUUUUACUGCGACCCCAGAUGCAUCGAUUGGGAGGACUACUUCAUGAACACUCACAUUCCUGGCUUAGUAAGAUACGUAUUCAAGUGAUGAUCAUAACACGGAUCGGACCACUAAAAAUUUGAUAUAUAUAAGUUUCAAAAGUGUGUGAAAGUGAAAUAUAUAUGUUUAUUUUGAUUGUUCCUCUGUUCGAAAAAAUAAGGCAGAUUUUUUUUUUUUUUUUUCUGUAAUUAAAAUAAGCCAGAAAAUUCACCAUAUCUUAAUUAUGUUUGUUUAUACAAAUCUCUAUUUGUGUUACUAUU